GCGCUCGGGACGGCACGGCAAACGAUCGACGACAUCGACAGCGACAACGACGUCGCAUGGACUCCGUGCGCGAUUUUCAUUCACUUUUCACACAACUUCUCGCUCAGUUCUUCAAGUACACGAAUACCCUUGCAGCUACCAAUACCCCCACCACUGCCGAUACCGAUACGAUUACGGAUACGGGUACGGGUACGAGUACGAGUCCCAGCCAAUAACAACGACCCAAUCGACUGGGCCAGGCAGUUUCUCUGUUCCACUGUUGGGCAGUUCGACAGUCCAGCGGACGGACAGCGGUUAGUCGAAGGGAAACAAAUAAUUGAUAAUCGUAAAAGUUGAUGGAAAAUUCAGAAACGUCGCGUUGUCACGUAAUGUCCAUUAAAUCGAAUUUCAUAAUAAUUAAGUCUUUGGAAUAUCGGUGAGGGAAAAUUUGUCGCAGUUUUGGCAACCAAAAAGUAAAUCUUAGCAGACGCAAAAAAUGGAGCCCAACAACAGUAAACGCUCCAAGAAAGGACGCAAGUCGCGGCCAGUACAGGCCCCAAUCGAACAGGAGCUGCAGCAGGAACCGACACAGGAACAACAACAGCAGCAGCAUCAUCAUCCUUGGGAUGAAGGACGAGCAGCACGGACAGCACCCAGUCCGAAUAGGGCCAUGGCCAGCACUGGCACAGCACUGACCCGAUUCCUGACCUGUAUGGCACCAGUGAUUGUGUCUCUGCCCGGUGCCGCACCUGGAUCUGGAGCUGAGCAGCCAACAAUUCUACUGAUCAACGGCAUCGCCGACGACUCCCAGCUUCAGGACAGGCAGAGCAAGGCCGCCGCCUUAAAGUUGGCCCUCGAGAGCAAUCCCCAGAGCGAAGGCAUCUCCUCGCUGGGCAACCAUCCCGUAUUGUCAGUGCCAACGACGCCGGGAGGCUCGCAUCUGCUGGACUUUGAGUCCCACCUCAUCGAGAACGUUGUGGGCCAGGGCAGCGGAGUGGGCAUCAGGGAACUGACGCCCUUCGAGCAGGAGCUGCAGCAGGGCACAUCCAAGGUCGGAACAGACGAUGAAGCUUCUGUGAUAGAGGUAGAACCAGCCGGGGCCAAGACCAAGCAGGCCAUUAAGACUCUUGCGCCGCCCCAUCAAAUCGCCGAAGUAGACGAAACGGCCAACACACCGUCGGAGGCAGUGCGUCGGACCGCUGAGCAGCUGGUGGAGGAGAUCGACGAGGCGCUACAGACUUUAGUGCCGCCACAACAAAUCCCCAAGUCAGAAGAGACUUCCCAGCCUUCGGAGUUAGUGCGUCGCACCGCCGAGCAGCUGGUGGAUGAGAUAGAGCGAGAGCUUAUUGAAACGCUGAGCAAAGAUGUAGACGAGGCCAAGACUGAGCACGACAACGAGGUGAAGCGCGAUCGCGACGAGCUGAGCUCGCUCUCACAGCAGGUGGAGGUGCAGCUGAACGAGCUGACCAGCAUCCUCAAGAACAAGCCGCAGGCGGAGAUUGUGUUGGAGCUGCCAGAGCCAGAGGAGGAAGAGCCCAGGCCACUGAGACACGCUGCCGCCAACGAGCUGAAGCUCGUGGAGGUGCCCACGCCCAAGACCGAGGCUGAGGAGCAACAGCGGAAGGAGUUUAUCGACUCGCUGCCACAAAUCGAACAGCACGGGGCAGGGGAGACCGAAACGGAUGCCCAACGACUCUCAGCGGACUGCAAAAGGGAAUAUUAUCAGUCGCUGAAGAAGUAUCUGCUGCAGAGCAGCCAGGACAAGCCGCCAAUACCGCUCCAGACCUAUCGCUGGGAGGAUCUUCGAAGAGCCAGAGAACGGGGUGGUUAUCCUUGGACGCAUCUGUACAAGCGUCCCCUGGGACCCGACGAGCAGCCGGAGAUUGUGCUGCUCCUGCGCAAGUCCCAGGAGCUGCGAUUCAAGUCCGAAUCGCCCAAGUCCCUAAAGAAAGUGCGCUACGACGAGCAGGUGCUGGUCAAGGAGACCGAGCGCUACAUCCAGGACCUGUCCGAGGACGAGGCGCUAGCCCACACCUCCGAGGACAGCAGCGAGGAGUCCGACUCGGAGACCGAGUCAGAGCGUGGCACCCACAACGAGGACACCCUCAGCGAGUGCAUCUCCUGUGUGUCCGACUCUGUGCUCGCCGUUGGAGGCCACAACAAGCCGCGCAAGACCAGUCGCCUGGCCCACAUCCGCGACAUAAUCCGUCGCAGGCGCAGCGGACGCACCCACGAGGACGCCCAGUCGCUGCCAGGCACAUCGGCAAAUCCUAGUCGACAGAACAGCGUCCACGAGCUAGCCCCACCGCCGGGCUCUCUGGUUCCAAAUACACAGAAACCCCCGAAGAGCACCCCGGCCAAGCCCAAGCAGAGCUUCGACAUCAUGAAGAAGCUGAAAAGUCUGGCCGAGAGGCAGAAGAAGCGCCUGAACAUCAAGCGCAUCACACUGAAAAAGGACGAGAAGAUAGUCCUGGGCGAGCAGCAGAAGAUCAUGAAGCUGAAGGCCUCGCCCAAGUCGGAUCGCGGCGAGAUUCCGCACUUUAUCGAGAAGCAGGACUCGGACGACAUACUCGAGCUGGUCGAGUACGAUGAGUCGCCCUGUCGCAAGCGCAACAAGGAGGAGCUCGAGCAGGAACAGCGUGAGGACUUACCCAGCACCAGUGGGGUAGCAGCGAGUGUCCCCCAGCCGGAGGAGAUCAUUGAGUUGCCCGUUGCAAAGACUGAGACCGAUGCCCCUGCCCUGGAGAUCACAGAGCCGCAGGAGGAGAAAGUGGAAGAAGGCACAGCUGAAGCCGAUGGCACAGAGUCGCCGCCCAAGAAGACUCCUCGUCUCCGUCGUGAGCAUGUCUAUGAGGAGAUUGGACACCAAAAACCCGAGCUGGUGGAUCAGCCCAUUAUUGAGUUGGACGCCCUCAAGAAGUCGCUGACGCGUCAGGAUCAUAUGGCCAUCGAUGACAUUGAGGCCGCCAAGGCGGUGCCCCUGGAUCGUAUGGGCAGCAGUGAGGAGGAGCAGGUGGCCGGUGCCGGCAAGUCCGGAGCACUCCUGGCUCCAAUCUCAUCCAUAGACUCCACCUCGUCGGACGAGGAGCGUGCCCGCCUGGCGCAGCUGUCGCCCGUGGCCGAGGAGAGUGACGCAGAGCCAGUGGAGGCCGCUGAUCUGCGUCCCGCGCUCAAGAAGGAAGCAUCGCCAGCGCCCUCGGACAAGAAGGUGACCUUCUCGCACGUCGAAGACGAGGCCGAACCGCAUCGCGAGGACAUCGAGUUGCCCCAAGAAGUGCUAGAGGCAGCCAGCAAUGCGGCCAGAUGGAAGAACGAAAGUGAUCAUGAAUAUGAGCCCGUGGGCGUGUCGCCGGCACAUGAAGCCUCGCCAGAGCCAGCGUUGGUGCCCGCCCACGCCCACACCCACACCGAGCUGCAGGUGCCCAUGGACAUCGAUGGACAGUUGGACAGCUCGGCAGGAACAACGCCCCGAACCGAAUCUCGCACCGACUACGAAAUACACACCAGCCAGGUGGACUCCAGCGCCCUCGAAGAGCUGCCGCUGCAGCCGGAGAACCGCAAGAAGAGUUUCAUGGCCAGCGCCCAGGAUCGCACCAAGAAGAUGCAGGACGGUCUGCGGCAGCAGGCGGGAAAGCUGCGCACCAAGCUACGCAGCAGCCAACAGGCGAAGCCCAAGCCCAUAUCGGGCAGCCCCAAGGCCAAGGCCAAGGAGCGGAGACGCUUCAAGGCGCCCGAAUUCUCAAAGAUCAAAAUGCCCGAGAUCAAGCGACCCGACAUGUCCAAGUUCAGGGACAUCAAGCGACCAGAAUUCACGAAAUUCCACAAGCCAGACAUGUCCAAGUUCAAGCUGCCGGAUAAGUUCUCGACCCUCAAGCUGAGACGCAGCAAAAGCUUCAAGGAAAACGAAAGUGAACUCACGUCCGAGGAGCCACAGGGCACCAGUGGAGAUGCAGCAGCAGGAGGAGCAGCGGAGGCUGCUGCCCAGCCAGCGACUAAGAAGAAAUUCGAGUUUAACUUUGGCACCUAUCCACGUGCCUUCCGCAAGAAGAAACCCACAGAGGAGCCACCACCACCGCCCGCGUUGGAGUCAUCGUUGGGCACAGAGCGCCUCAGUCUCAGUGUGAUUCCCAGCACCGAGACGCAGCCAUCGCAGACAUCCACGAGCUCGCCGCAGGGGGAUCGUGGACCUGGUCCGGUGCGUUCCCGCUGGGCGGACAAGUUCUCGGAUGUGAGCUACAACGACAGUGAGGGAUCGCGGUACAGGCGCUACGGCAGCGAGCUGGAGAGCUUCGACCGCGAGUCGUCCUUGGAGCGACGCAUGAAGGAGGACCUGGAGGGAGCCGAGGAUACGGCCAGCGAGGCCCAGCAGCCACAGACAAUGGGAAUUCUGGGCGUGGUGGCUGACAGCAAACAAUUUGCAGAGUUCGAUGAGGAGAAUCGGGCCAUCCAUGAAAUCUCCAGCAAGCGAACGCGCGAGUUCAAGCGCCGCCCGAUGGUGCAUCAGGACUCUGAUUUGCGCUCGGAGGACAGUCGCGAUGCCGAGGGCUGGACGGAGAAGGACAUACAGAAAAACAAGCUGCUGCGCAAGGCAGAGCUGGAGGCGGAGGCUGGCUACCACAAGUACUACGAUAGCCAUUCCACGGCCAGCUCGGGCAAGAAGGUCGUAAUGGAGCCCAUCGACGACGAUGAGUUCUUCCUGCGCAAGCGCGGCAUCUCUGAGGAUAACAUCCAGCUGCGGCAGUACAUCAGUGCCGCCAUUCGCGAGGGUUACGACAUGCCCAAUGCCCUGCAGCAUGUGGGCUACUCCGCAGAUCCUGUACCCGGCGAAUAUGGAGACUUUGAGGCACCGCCAGCAAAGCCGCGUCGCCUGCAUCGCCACUACAGGCCAGACAUUGACGACUCGCAGGAGUUUCAGCGCAGCGACUACGGCGACGAUCUGUCCAUGUCCCAGAAUGGCAGCGAAUUUACCCCAAAGCGACCUCUGCGCAAGGCACGCAGUCGCAGCAAACAGUCCGUGGAUGGCAGCCAGGAGAUACACAUGGGCGAUGGGGCCAGCAGCAGCAUUCAGUACUUUGACGACGAUGAGGAGUAUUUGAGGCCUCCCACGCGGGAACAGCAGGAAGCGAAGGAUGAAGCGGCAACGGAAAAGGUGCCCCAACCACUCGCCCCGAGGCGCCACAAGAAACGCACACGCGACGAUGCAUCCGUUGAGAAGGAUGCAGACUCGUUCUUUAAUGGCUUUGGUGGUAGAUCAGUAUCGAAUACCUUUUUGCAGCCACACGAAGAUGUAAUUGUUUAUCGCACUGAGCACGAAUAUCGUCACAUACCGCUAGCCACUCCCGACAACUUCACGGAUGGCGCGUCCGUGCGUACACCCCGCUCCGAGGAUGAUCGCACCUCACGCGGUGCCGACUCCCUGGUGCUGGACAUGAAGAUAAAGCCCGGGGAGGACAACGAGCAGGGAGCAGCCAGAAGCAAGAGCGAUGAGAGGUUCGUCAUCGACAUGCUGGAGAGCGACGGCUAUGCGGUGGUGCGCAAGGAGACCCUGCCCAAGCCCACGCCCCCAGCUCGCCGCAAGAAGUUCACCCGAUCGCCCGGCGAGAGAUUCGCGACGUUGCCCAGCAUACGCGGCUCCCGAGGCUCCCCUCCGCCCGCCCGGCCACCGCCGCCACAGCAGUAUAUACCCACGGAGGACUCGCCGCUGGUGCCGCUGGUGCCGCGUCGCAGAUCGGCGGCCAGCCUGGACGAGAUCCCACAGAUGUUGAUCAAGUCGAACUACGAGAGUCAGCUCCAGAGGCAGCAGCAGCAGCCCCAGAAGCAACAGGAAGAGGAAGAUGACUACGAGGAGCCCGGAGCCCUUGAGCGACCCGAAUCACCACGCUCCAAUCUGCAGUCUGGCGAAGUCAUCAACAAAAUGAAGUUCCGACCACUGCCGGCGCCACCGCGUCCACCGCGCGAGAAGCGCUCAACGCGCGCCGGAAGCAAUGCCCUCGACAGCUACGAGGACAGCGAACAGGUGGCCAGCUCCAGCCAGGCGGACAGCUACGACCAGCAGGGUGAGUUCGAGGUGGAAGUGUCCACGCAGACGGACCCUCUGCCCGACGACUUUGUGUGCGAGGAGUUCGAAAUCACCGAAGACAUGAAGAUCAUUGAGCCGCGGCGAGGCAACGGAUCGGCAGCCAAGACCCUUGAGGAUCUGCUGCGUAGCGUCGAGACCCAGGAAACGCAUGACGAGGUGGACGGCGUCCGAGUGCUAACAGAGGACGAGCAGUUGGCCAAGGGUCUGCAGCGCUUCAGGGAUGCCAACCAACGGAGCAUGUCAGAGCGCUCUCGGGCCUCCUCUCAGGCGGAUCGUUCCAAGUCGCUGAGUCGCCCGCAGACGCCAUCCUCGGCGGUGGUCAUCGAGCGACGCGUGCCCACGCCCAGCCUGGUGGCUGGCGAGGAGCAGGAUGCAACGGUGCUCGCAUCGCUGAUAGUGCGACCCAUCAGUGCCGCCGAUCUGGCGGAUGACGAGCUGCGGCGCGAAGAGGAGGAGCUGCGCCGGGAGGGUCUGCUCUCGGACAGCUCGGUGCAGAGCAAGUCCGAUGUGGAGGAAGAGGAGCACGGAGAGGUGGCCUUAAGCGACUAUGCUGCCAGCUCAGCGGAUCUGGAUGCGGCGGUCGAGCAGCUGCAGCAGGCCCAGCUGGAAAGCGACUAUGAGAGCCGGCUGGAGGACGACGAGGUGGAGCGCACGCUCAGGGACAGUGAGUAUGAGGAGGAGGAAGAGGAGGAUGCUGGCGAGAAGUACUCGGAUCAGUAUGACGAGGAGGUAGAGGAGGAUGAAGAGACACGGCUGGAGAGAGAGCUCACGGAGCAAGAGUUGGACGAGGCGCUCGAGAAGGAGCUGCAGGAGGCCAUGGAAAAGGAACUCUCAGACUACAGGCAAAAGGAGGACACGCUGUCAGAGGAUGAGGAGGAGCAUGCUCCCUCCGAGAUCGAGUACCGUCACUCCGAAGACGAGGAGAAACUACAAUCUGGGUCAGACACCAGGGAAGUCGUGGAGAAACCCAUUCGUAAAGUUACCGCCAGCGAACCCACCGAGGCUGAAGUUACGCCCAAAUUUGUGGCCACUCUGCCCACAGAACCCGCCUACGGCCACGACGAGCUGGAUGAGGAAGACGUGCCCUUGCCACCACCACGUCGCAAGUCCACCACAACCCUCGAGCCCGCCGCAGCAGCCACCACUCUGACAAUUGCCGAGCAAGCCGCCCGAGAGCUAACGCCAGUACAGUCCCUGCAAUCCCCGCCAGAGCCACAGCUGCCCACUCGCUUGGCCGAGCUGGAGGUGGAGCGACUGCGUGUUCAUGCACUGCAAGCAGGCCAGAUUCAAGUCUCACAGCUGCACGGCAGCCACAUCAAAGCCGACGAUCUGGAGUGCAAGUCCGGCCAAUUGGUGGUACAGAACAUUGAACUCCCGCCCGGAUUCAUAGACGACAUAGUGGAGCGCGUGCGAGAGCAGCGUCCCUCGCUGCUAACCACCGAAACACAGACCAGCCGCCAGGCCAGCAGUGAGCCGGCCACAUCGGAUGUGGAGCAGCCUGUCAAGCCGCCGCGUCACAGCAAGGCCACCGAGCAGUCGCCUCCGAACUUGGACGAACAAACCCAGACAGAAGUGGGACUGAUGCCACUGCCACCGCCACCUGCUGCGUAUCCCAGUGUCGAGUAUUUGCAGUCCCUGGCACCGUUGGCCUUCUACAAUUUGCAGCGCAGCGCUGAGGCCGAGCAGGCCGAGGCUGCUGGCUCCACAGAGCGCAAGGCACCACACAAGUGCAGGCGUCGCCAUGUCCAGGAACAGGCCGAACCCGAAUCGGGCUCUGACCUAGAGGAACAGCUGGUAGAGAGACCACGCUCGCGUUCCUCUCGGCGCUCGCGCACAAGGAGCGCCACUCAGCCGCUGGAGGAGUACGACGAGGAUCAGCCGCGCACUGUGGUGCAGGCGGGACGGCAGUUCAUAGCCGCCUGCAGUCUGGAGCUGGUGAACAUCAUCAACCAGCUGACGCACUACGUGCGUGGGGAGGCCAUGGAGCCGCAGCAGGCGCAGCAGUCGCGGCACAUAUCCGCUCUCAUGGUGCUCUUCAUUCUGAUCACGUUCGGAGUGCUGGUCUUUCUGCUGACCGGGCGACAGGUGCACACACAUCACUGGGACUACUUUAAUCCGCCCGGGAACGAGGGCAGACAGACGUGAGGGCAGUGGCGAUCAAUCCCAUUAGCCGUGGGUUUGUCACGAACUAUCCUUGGGGGGAAGUGGGGCGGGUUUUUGUUGCAUUUUGCAUUUUGGAGCAGAGAAUUGUUUGCUAAAUGGGUGAAAAACCAACGAAUUUAAACGCGGCCAAGAGCCCGCUCGAAACUAGAAGGCCUUAAUGAUAUACAUACUAAAAACAACAAAAUAAACAGAGAGAACUGGCUACUACUUUAGGAGAGGUGCGACAAUGGGGAGGAGGCCCUCGUGCUACUACUAGUCACAGAGAAUCACAAUCGAAUCGAAGCCCGGAAUCCCAGUUCAACAGACACUGCAUAAACCAAACAACCAUGUAUCUUGUACUAACUAUAAAGAACUACUACUAUCUUAUGAAGGGAAACUCUAAUUAUAUUCAUCAUUGUCUACCAGUGCGGCAGAAGAACAACAAGAACAGAAACAGAAACAGAAGAACAAACCCAACAGAAGCAACGAUUAUGUAUUAGUUAUGUACUUAACACAUGCUAUGUAUGUACAUAGACAUUUCGUAGGUGGCUGCCUUUGACUAUGGAUUGGUAGGGAGCCCAAG